AUGCGAUAUUCCAUAAUAAAGGUGAAUCUUGACGGCAAAGCAAUUCUCAUAACAGGCUGCAACAGUGGAUUAGGAAAGGCUGUAGCUAAAUACAUGGCAACAAAAGGAGCUAGAAUCAUAAUGGCAUGUAGAAAUCUCGAGACUGCUGAGAAAACUAAAGAGGAAAUAAUUACGUACAGUGAAAAUCAUAAUGUUGUGCUACAUAAUCUUGAUUUAGGGUCAUUUGACUCUAUUCGUAGAUUUGCAAAAAUCAUAAAUGAAACGGAACCCAAAAUCGAUAUACUGAUUCAUAAUGCGGGCUAUUGCGGAGCAUUUAGAAGUGCAAAAACAGUAGAGAACAUUGAGAUGACAAUGGCAGUGAAUUAUUAUGGUCCAUUCCUACUCACACAUUUACUAAUUGAUUUGUUGAAGAAAUCAGCACCAAGUAGGAUUAUCACAGUUGCGUCAAAAGCUCAUUCUGUAUCUUGUUUCAAUCCAAAUGAUGCUUACGAUUUAAAUCCAUUAAAUUUCUUCUUUCCAACAUUUCUCUAUGCCAAUUCUAAAUUUGCAAAUUUCUUAUUCACUUACGAGUUGGCAAGACGUUUAGAAGGAACUAGAGUGUCUGCAAACAUCCUUCAUCCUGGUACUUGUGAUUCUCCAAUAUGGAAUCAAGCACCUUUUCCGACCAGUAUACUGAUUUUUAUUGCUAGACAAUUUAUGAAAACAAUUCAGCAAGGAACACAAACAAUUCUUCAUGUUGCACUUUCGAAGGAUGUAGAAGGAGUGACCGGCAAAUAUUAUCGAGACUGUAAGCCAAGAAAGUCAGCAAAACGAACUUAUAAGAAGGAUUGGCAAAACACUUUGUGGGAAGAAUCAAAGAAAAUUGUGAAAAUGACAGAGCAUGAUCCUCACAUUUAGAAAAAAAUCAAUACACAGCAGAAGUCUGUAUUUUAUGUAACUCAAUCGUAAUACAAAUCACUUGCAGCUAUGAUUUCUCUCUUCCUUUGAUUCUUUUAGCACAUGCUCAAUCGUUUAAUGCUGGUUUAAUUUGGAUGGAUGAAGCUUGUGGACUUCCGUGCUAUAAAGGUUUUUAAAUUACUUUAAGUUGAUUUUAGAGGUUAAUUAUCUUAUCUGGUAGGAAUUGAAAUCACAUCCAUGUAAAAGAGAGUCCAGCU